AUGGCUGAGCCUCAUCACCAACAACACCCUCCCCGGCGCGUCGCCAUGGAUCCGCCGCACCUCACCGAGUUCGCCUCCGAGCGCUACUUCGAGAAGCUCAACCAGCUGCACGCGAGCCGCCAGCAGGCGGAAUCUGCCGACUCGGGCGCCUCGACAACGACGACAACGACGACAGCUGCCGCCACCGCCAACGCACAGGCGACGUCGAGGUUCAUCCUGCCGCUGCGAGAAGCAAAGGUUCCGGACGUGGACGCCAUUAGGCCCAGCGACUCGAAGCAGAACAGACGAUUCUUCGGCGGCAUCCGACAAAAGGUCGCCCUCAAGCACACCAGGAGCGAUGCGGACGCGACCGCUGUGGCUCUACCCAUCAGAGCCUCGACGGAUUCGACGCGAAAAAGCGUCGCCUUCGAUCAACUAUUCUUCGGGCUGCCGACCGAGCUUCAAUUCCAAAUCAUCUCCUCUCUCCCAUUGACAGAUAUUCUUAACCUCCGAUUAGCCUCGAAAUCAUGGCACGCGCGCAUCACCCUCAACGAGACGUUCAUCGUCCGACAUCUACUACGGGACCACAUACCCGCCUAUGCCACUCGCCUGUACCCCGUGCCGGACAACUCCGAGAUCAACUUCCACUACUUGUGUAGCUUGUGGCAUCGGCUACAUGUCGCGGCGAAGCUUUCAUACCUAAUGUGCGAAUGGAUCACCAAAGACAUCUUCCUACGACAGACGGAAGCCCAGCGGCUGGCAUUCGCACCACAGCACGAGCGCAUGCGCCGACGAUUGAUACCCCUCCUAUUCACCGUUUUCCACUUCUUCGAGAUGUAUAGGAAGCUGCACCUGGAGUACAUUGCAGAAAACGGACACGGCCUGACGAAGGAGCCGUACACGGUGAACCCGAUCGAGAAGCGCAUCAUGGACAUGUACGACGACCGGACGUUGUUGAGGGUCCACGAAGUCUUCCCCCUCGUCAUUUCGUCCUUUUGCCGCCGCCUGCGACCGCCGACGUACGUUGGUCGCGUGGAGCGAUCGCUUCGUGGUUACCUGAGGGAGCGGCCGCCGGACGAGGUCCAUGUCGCCAUCUUGUGCCUUGGCGGCCUUCGUCAGGUCGAGAGACUAUGGGAGACCAAGGGCUACAACAACCGCCGGGCUGCUGUUGACACCUGGUACGCCUCUUUGACCAGGCCGCCCGCCAAUGAGGCUUCCUCCAAAGGCCGGCUGUUGAAGAGCUUUGGACGAAAGAAGUCAACCAGCAGCGAUCGGCCCCCGCACCGGUCAUCGUUCAGCGACAGCGGCCGCAGGAGUCCGUGGGGAUCGGUGGACUAUACCGCCUCCGGGAUGGAGAUGCCGUACAGCGUCUUCAACACCAGCCUCUCGGCCGAUGCGCCCAUGGCGCCUCUGGAGCGCGACCAGGCCAAGGAUCUGCUAGGGGACCUGCCAUCGCUGCAGAGCAUCUGGCUAACCACAGCCGAGGCCAUGAUUCUGGAUCGCAAGAUUGUGAAUCGGCCGCAGGACAUUAAGCGGAACCAGCAGGUCAUGCUGGAGCUGAUCCGCGAGGACGGCAUGGAGGAGGAGGACGAAUGGUGCUACGGCCGCCAGAUCUCUGACUCGGUCAGACCACCGAUUUCAGCCCUCCAUGACGACGCGGAUUAA